AUGAAAAAAGGAGUAUCUUGACUAGAUGAUUUGAGAAAAUGAACUGGAAAGUGAUUUCUUCUAUCAUAGCAAUAUGCAUCACCAUCAUUGUCAUCUUAGUUUUGGCUUUCCGAAAUAGAGGAGAAAAAUAUAUGGGUUGUCAGAGUUCUUCCCAAGGGCAAGGGGAAGGAGGUCAGGAUGCUGCCAGCCAGGUAUUUCGAGAUUUAACUCCAGAAGAGAUGAUGCAAGUAAAAAAGUAUUUACAAUCCAACCUGGGAGUGCGAAUGGUAGGUGCGUCAAAAGCCAAGCCAUCAGACAACUGUAUCUAUUCCAUCACUUUGCAGCUCCCUCCCAAAGCAGCGGUGCUACAAUUCCUAGAUUAUCAAGGGGUCAAGCCUGCACGGGAAGCUCUGGUUGUGGUUCAUUUUGGAAAUCAGCCAGUUCCAAAUGUCACUGAAUUUGUAGUAGGUCCUCUUCCAAAGCCAACGUAUCAUCAAGAUGUUACAUUGCAGAAGUAUGGAAAGAUGUUGCCUUAUUACCAAAGGUUUCCUUUGUUGAGGGAUGUGAUUGAACUAUAUAAAACGUUGCUGCUGAAGGAAUAUCUAAAGGCUCCAAAUUUCAUGAGAAAAGUCCUUAAUUAUCCAGCAAAACUUUUCAUGUACACUUUUGCAUUUCCAACAGGCCUAAAAUCAGGAGAUCGUAAAAUCUGGCUAAAUCACUUACAGCUUGUUCCUGGCAGCUAUUUACAUCCAGUUGGAUUUGAGGUCCAAGUGAAUUUUAGCAGCCUGGAUUAUUCUCAGUGGAAUGUGAUAAAAGCAUUUUAUAAUGGACAAUAUUUUGAGGGCAUGAAAGAUCUCGAAAAGCAAUUCAAUAUGGGAAAGGUUAAAGUAAACAAAGUUAAACCAGCUGCUCGUGAUGGGGGAUAUUCAUCACUGAAGCAGAGGGUGCCACCACAAGGACCGAGCCCUUUGCAUUAUGAACCUCAUGGACCACGCUAUAGAAUUCAGGAUAACCAUGUUACUUUCAUGUCUUGGAGUUUGGCUUUUGGAAUUGAUAACAACAGAGGACCACGUAUCUUUGACGUCAGAUUUAGAGGAGAGAGAAUAGUCUAUGAGUUAAGUUUACAAGAUGCAAGUAUUAUCUAUGGCUCCAAUAGUCCUACAAUGAUGUCAGUCAGAUCCAUGGACAUGGUCUUUGGAUUUGGAUCUAGAAUGUUCACACUCACACAGGGGGUGGAUUGCCCCUACCUAGCUACUUACCUGGAUGUGCACACUUUUCAUGCUAGUUCAUUCCAUCAGACCCAUAAAAAGGCCAUGUGCAUCUUUGAACAGAAUUCUGAGUUGCCUCUGAGACGUCAUUUUGAAAGCAUCCAGUCUCCAUUUUAUGGAGGGUUGUCUGACUCAUGUCUGGUUAUCAGAUUCAUAUCUGCACUCGGUAACUAUAACUAUAUCUGGGACUUUGCUUUUCAUCAAAAUGGAGCUGUUGGUGUCCAUGUUCUUGCCACCGGAUACAUUCAAACUGCUUUUUUCUUUGAGGAUGCCACAGACUUUGGCAACAGAGUUGAAGAAUGGGUAUCGGGAUCAAUUCACACCCACAAUAUCAAUUUCAAAGUGGAUAUGGACAUUGGUGGUGUGGGCAAUAUGCUCGUUGGCAAUGACAUGGCUUUUGAGACACUGCAGGCCCCUUGGAGCCCAGAACAUAAGAUCUAUCGAAUGAAGAAGGUGAGGAAAGUUUUCAAUACUGAGAACCAAGCCGCAUUCCGCCUCCAUGAUGCCAUGCCCAACUACAUUUAUUUUGCUGCCAAUAACAGCAACAAUAAGUGGGGCCAUGAAAAAGGCUACCGAAUUCAGAUAGUCAGCUUUUCUGGAGACCAUCUAUCAGAAUCUGAUCCAUUGGAGCCAGGCUUCAGUUGGGGCAGGUACAAGUUAGCUGUUACAAAGCGGAAGGAGAAGGAGCCAACCAGUAACAGUGUCUACAGCCAACUGGAUCCGUGGGAUCCUCCUGUUGCCUUUUCUGACUUCAUAAACAAUGAGACCAUUGUUAAUGAGGAUCUGGUUGCCUGGAUCAAUGCUGGCUUUCUACAUAUUCCACAUUCUGAGGAUGUGCCCAAUACUGCAACUGUUGGGAAUGUGAUUGGUUUCUUCUUGAAACCAUACAAUUAUUUUGAUGAUGACCCUUCCAUGUAUUCUCCAGACAGUGUUUACUUCAACAACCUGCAGGAUCCCACUUCCUGCGAGACCAACCAACUUGCAUGUCUGUCAAAAACCGCUUCAUGUGUGCCCAUUUUCCCCUCUUUCACUUAUGAGGGCUUUGAAAACCUAACAACUCUCUAAUAUCUUUUAGUUUUUGACAGAUGGAUUGGAUGCAGGAAACGUGGAUUGGAAACCACUGUGACAUAUAUAAGACAAGCAGCUUCUAAUCCUGCAGGGUAUCUUAUAGUAUCUUGGAAACUUGAAUCUCAUAUUGUACUUGUGUCUGUUUGAAUUUUUCUGAAUACAAUUCUAUAAAAAUAUAUUUAUGAAUAUAUAACAAUAUGUUGACUCUGUAAACCACUUAGAGAGAGCUGUAAAGCUCUGUGAAGCAGUAUAUAAGUCUAAGUGCUAUUGCUAAGUACUAUUACUUUCCAAAGUGUUGAGAACUAGAACACUGGUAUGUUUCAAAAUUUUUUACUACCAGUUCAGUAGUAAGACUUGGUGGGCAUGGCAGGGGAAGGUUGACUCAGCCUUCCAUCCUUUCUAAGGUAGGUGAAAUGAGGACCCAGUUUGUGGGGGCAAUAAGCUGACUUUGUAUAAAUAUACAAAAGUAUGAAGGCUAUUGCUUAAUGCAUUGUAAGCUGCCCUGAGUCUCUGGAGAAGGGCGGCAUAUAAAUCAAAAAAAAAAAAAAGGAUACUGUAAAAUCUCCAUUCCCACAGCACUCCAGGAGAAGGAUACUGUAACAUCUCCAUUCCCUCCCCACUCCAGGGGAAGGUUACUGCAAAAUCACCAUUUCCUCCCGAUCAGCUGGGACUCGGGAGGCAGAGAAUAGAUGGGGCGGGGCCAGUCAGAGGUGGUAUUUACUGGUUCUCUGAACUACUCAAAAUUUAUGCUAUCAGUUCUCCAGAACUGGUCAGAACUGCUGAAACCCACCUCUGAACUAGAACUGUCAGAAAAAAGAAAAAUAUAUAUUUAAGUCAAAUCAGACUUCUGGCAACUGGAUCCCUGCAAUUUUCUUAACAUGUGCAAUGAAAGAGAUUUCCCAUUGCCACUUGGAAUGUCCUUUUCUUCUUUAUAACUUCCUAGUCUAGUCUACCAUCCAGGAAUCCCUAAUCUGUUUCCUCUUAUUGUAUUAAUCAAGGCCAAUCUUGUUUAGCUUCAGAGAUCAAUCAGGUGCUGAUUUUGUCAUAAUUAAUAUAAUAUCAAGACUACUUUAUAACUCAAAUAUAAACUUGCCAUAUGCAGAUGCUCGGUUGUUCUCUUGAGAUUAUCUGGGACUGCCCAUGAUGCAAAAGCUGAAGUCCAACAUUGAAAGAGAAGAGUUACAGCAUUUUUUUCACCACAGCAUAAACCUGGUUCCUUCUUUGCUUUACCUUUUCUAUGAGUGAUGUUCCUUCUAAGCUGAAUUUUGGAUCACAUUGUAGGCAUGUCCGUCCACACAGAUGUGCAAACUCUUCUCAUGAUACAUCUGCAUAAAGUUCAUUUUAUAGACAGUUUAUUAUUUUUCCUUGCUACAUUGUGAACUUCUCCCUAUGCAGAGACAUAUGCAUCAUAUGCACCAAAGACAAAUUCCUUGUGUGUCCAAUCGCACUUGGUCAAUAAAGAAUUCUAUUUGUUUCUAUCAA